GUUGGCCUUCGAGGCAGAGCGUCGUAAGGACACUUGCCUCCUCUCCCCUCCCCCCCCCCCCCCGAAGCGAUUGGCGGUCGAGUUCGAAACGACUACGCCUGUCCCGGCUCACCUAGGAGGUAUGCGUGCUGGCUUUGGGUGACCCACAAAGCUUUCUUUGUGAAGAGCCAGAAAGAAAUUCAAACGGCUACCAGGCAGUGGCUGGUCCUGGGUGCGAGGGGCUGAAUGGCCUCCCGCGAGAAGGCGGAAUGGCCGAUUCCCCGAGUCACGUGCAAUACGCAGGAGCCAAUGGCUGAGCAGUCGUCUUGCCCCAGAGGCUUGCUUCCGCUUUCGUGAAAGUGACGCAUGGUGGGGGAAAUCCCCUCCAUUCAUCCGAUACAACGCUGCUGCGUCACACAGGGGUAACGUUACAACGCGUUCUGAGGGGGAAGCCCACCAGCCUCCUACCUCUCCAUCCAGCGUCCCCGCCAGCUCUUCCGUCAAAGGUUCAGGCAUGGACCUGGACGUCUCCCUCAUGGUCCAAUGUCCGUUCGCGGGGGGGCUGACCCAAGAGCGCGUCCAUGUGGAGAUUUCUGCCGAGUACAACCGCCGGGUCCUCCUCAGCCAUGAGCAGAAGAUCGCCGACAUCUGGCGGCAGAGGAAGCAGGAGAAGCCCUGGCUGUUCAACGGGGCCAAGUUCCGCAUUCACUCGGCCCAGCUCGAGAGCGGGGGGCUGCUGCUGAGGCUCGGCCUGACCUGCUACAAGGACUACCUGGGCACAAACUGGGCGCCCGAGGCCCGGCUGCUGCAGGAGCAGGGCACAGCAGACUUUGGCGACAGCCAGGCCUACUUGGCAGAGCCCCUGGGGGUUGGAGCAAUGCUUCACACAGCUGAUGACUGCUUUGUGUUCCUGAGGAGGAGUGAGCAAGUUGCUGAGGCCGCAGCACAGGUGGACAUUCCAGGAGGACACCCAGAACCCAAGGCAGCUGCGAAAGGAAUUCCGGAAGAUACCAUUCAAGUGGAACACUUGUCGGGGGAGCUGGUUGUUCAGGAAAUAUUUUCCUCCAUUUUGGGCGAGAUCCGAGAUGAGGUCAAUGUUCCUCUGGAAAGUUUAAGCAGACCUUUGCUGCUGGGAAUCGCACGGAAUCACAGAAGCGCAGGACGACCCAGUGCGGAAUUUUAUAUCCGGUGUGAGCUGACAUCGGAGGAGGUGAGGCAGCGCUAUCUCAUUGGAGGAGUUGAGGCCCACGAAUCGACCAGCAUCAGCUUUGUCCGGCAAGAGGAUGUCCUGAAACUUGAGGAGGACGUGGAAGGCUGGCGAGAGCUGUGCCCGUCGGCCAAGGGUGCCGUCAAGCUCUACACGCUUGUGCGCCCUUCCCGGGCAUCUUGAUCCUGCUCCGAACAGAAUUGAAACCGGAACACAAGACCAUAAAUACCGCACGUCCUGCUCCAGGAAGGCACAAAGGACAAUGGACAUUUUUCUGGGCGGUAGCAGGUGGCAUCUGAACCUGUCAGUUUGUCUCUCUCUUUCUGCUUUGGUGGCCGGGGUACAUUGUCUCCGCUGCUGGACCCAGCCGAGUGUUAAAGAGGCCAUUCGGCCCAUUGUGCCUGUUCCGGCUCUUCAGGUGAGCAUCAUUACCCGGCUUCAGUCUCCUGCCUUUUACCCGCCUCAAGCCCUCGCACAUUAUUUUUAUCCAAAUAAUCGUCUUGAACGCCCCAAUUUAAAGCUGCCCCCAUCCCCAUUUCCCAUGACUAAUGACUCGCUAAGCGGAAAAGUUCUUUCUCACGUCACCCUUGCUGCUUUCGUAAGCCACUUUACAUCUACACCCUUCUCCCAUUCUUGUUCCUUUUACAAGUGGGACCAGCCUCUCCCUAUCGACUCUGUCCAGCGCACCCCACCACCACCCCCCCCCCCACCCCCCCCCCCCCCCGCCCCCAAUGAAAACCUCUCCCAGAUCUCCGUCUCUUAGCCACCUUCUCUCCAAGGAGAACAAUCUCGACAUCUCCAAUCUACCUUUGUCGCUGAAGUUUCCCAUCCCUGGAACCGUUCUUGUAAAUCACUGCUGCGCGCUCUCUGGUGUGUUCCCGUCUUCUCGAUAAUGCAGUGCCCUCAAGGCUAUACACUGGUCCAGCUGAGCUCUAAGCCGAACAGUUGGAGGAAUUGGGGAACCGAAGCUUCCUCUGGCUUCCAGGCCCUGGGUUCAGAUCCAGGCUCCUCUUGCGCUGGGGGCCUCUCAAUUUUCUUUUUUUAUUGUAUCAGGCAUUGUUGGCUGGGCCAGCAUUUGUUGGCCAUUCCUCAUUGCCUCUUGGACUGAGUGGCUUGCUGGGCUAUUUCACUUGCAGGGUUGCGGGUUGUGGGGAAGAGUUAAGAUUCACCCAUGUCUCUGGGGUUCUGGAGUCGCAUGUAGGCCACAUCAGGUAAUGCACUUUUCCUAGAGGGAACCGGGUAUAAAACUAUCGAGCAAUGAUAGUUGUCAGUAUCGAGAGUAGCUUUCAGCCCCGUGUAAGUUCCACCGGUUGCUUCGGUCGGAUUCGAACAGUCUGGGCCUGUGGAUUGCUAAUCCAAUUACCAGACUGCAGUGCCACCAUUGCUGCUGCUUCGCCAGCUCUCCGAGUGCCUCACUACGGUUUGAAAAGUGCUGAUGGUUUCCGCCAGCCACGUGCUGCUUCUCUGCGCUUCUGGCUAAGUGGUGGGGGGGUAGGGUCAAGGUAGCGUGGGCAGUCGGCGAAUUGCUCGUGGGCAGAGCCAGCACGGAAACGACAGAGGGGCCAAAUGGCUACCUCCUGCACCGGAGCUGUUCUCUGACUGCGACAGACCAAAGGGGACAGUGUGUGGUGCCAAUAAAUGAGGGUUGCUGGUACGUCAGGUUAGAGCUGUACACUGUGGAAGCUUCUCAACAAUUAAAGGAAGAUUUUGCCUUUA